AUGCGCGAGUUUCGAUAUGGGCAAUUCAAACUGGAGAAUUCCGGCGUCAGCUGCGUGUCUGCAAUUAGAACUACACGCCUCCAAUUUGACGUCGUGGCGUCGCAGGGCAACCUCGUGACAUUCACAUAUGUCAUCCAAAGUUUUGUCAACUUCACAAAUGCAGAAAAGGACCAAGCCGAUCCCACCGUUUAUCGCGUGUUGACUGCAAAAUCCAAGAUACCAGGUGUGUCACUGACAGACUUGCUCAUCUUCACGCCGAAGUGGAUCACGAUAUCCGAUACCUUUCAGCCACUGUACUAUCACAGCAACAUGAGCACAGAGAUCAUGGGCCUUAUAUAUAGCGAUUAUGGCCGCAGUAGCCACAAGCUAGAGCCGGGGGGGCUCAGAUACGAAGCUAGUUACAUGCUCCAUGGGGAGACAUAUAAGACGUGGAGAUAUGUCACGACCAGCGAGCUAGCACCUGAGAGGGUCUGCGAGGAUAUCGCCGCCUUCAUAUUUCACAUUAGUGUACCAGUCUUCCUGACAAAAUUGGUUUUUGGGGGCGAAGACGCAGAGACGCGGCAUAGUCACAGCUCCCAAGAUGAUGAGCCUUUGGACAGCUUUCAACCUCACUUCCUUGACCACCUGGAAGACGUGAAAUUGGAGCUCAAAGCAGCAGGUCUGCCUUCACUGACCUCCAACGGAGCGAAGAGGUAA